CCAGCGCCGCACCCCCUGCCCUGGCCGGAGCCGGGCAGCCCAUGGCGUUCUCUCCCGUGGCCCUGGACUCGGAGGCGUCGCCGGAGCCGAGCGGUAGUGGGAACCCCGGCGAGGAGGCGGAUGGAGGGCUAGAGCUGAUAGCGCGGCUGGGCGAGAGGCCGGUGCCGGGGAGCCGCCUGAAGGAAGUGGUGGGUGCGUCUUUGGCGUCGCUGUGCCUCGGCCCCCUCGCCGGACCGCAGCGCCUCGGGACCCUCGUGGAUUGCCUGGUGCUGAACUACCGCUUGCGGCUGGGGCUGAGUUGGGGCCGGGACCGUGGGGCCGCGGCCGAAGGGCCGCUGCGCUGCUGCGGUUGCGGCAGGUUCCUGAGCGAGCCGGUCACCGUCCCGUGCGGGCACACCUACUGCCGCCGCUGUCUCCGGAGGGAGCUCCGGGCCCGCUGCCGCCGUUGUCGGGACUGGCUGUUGCCGGCGGGGAGCACCGGCGCGGCCGCCGCCCCGCUGCGGACCAGCGUCGUCCUUAGCCAACUGGCCGAGAAGUGGUUCCCGAGCGAGUGCGAGAGAGCGAGGACCGGGUCUCGGCUGGAGGAGCUGCUGGCCCAGGGCCGCUUCCGAGAGGCGCUGGGCGCCGCCAGCCAGGCUCUGCGAACAGAUGCCAGUGACUUGAUGCUGAGAAUUUACCGAGCUGAGUGCUAUGUUGGCCUACAAGAGCAUAAAACAGCCAUAGAAGAGCUAAAUGUUGUUAUUUCUAAAAUGCCAAACUGGCCAGAGGUCUACUUCCGGAAAGGAAAAGUGCUGCAAGACUCUGGCUUUGUAGGUGAUGCCUUACAGUUGUUUCUCCAGUGCUUAGCCCUUGAUGAGGAUUUCCUUCCAGCCAGAAAAGAAGUAGAAAGGACACUGUGUGAUGUGCUGUCUCCAGAGAAGUUAGGAGAGAGCCUGAAGGAGUCUGCUUGGAGCUCACCACACAUUCGCAGUAAACCCUCUGUGCUUGCCUCUGAGGAGAUGGAGUCUUACUGCAGCUUAAAGCUUUGUCCUGAGCAGGCUCUAGGAGGGGCAGGAGAACUGGAGCCUAUCAGCGGAAGCCUAAGUCGUGCACAGUCUGCCCAUGCUCUUAACUCAACAAAAGCCCUCACCAAGGAAGAUGGCUUAAAAAGAGUGUCUUCUGAGCCCCUUCUCUCUGGCCAGGAAAAAGGGGCUUUCUUGAAAAGAAAGCUUUCCUUCUCUGAGCAGGACACAGUUGUGUGUGAAGAUGGAGGCAACAAACACAAAAAGCAAGGAGAAAGCACAAAAAGGGACAGGACACUGGAUUUUGGAACAGUCCCAGGGGAUCUGAUUGAUGUGUCAGAUUUUGAGUGCUCUCUAUGUAUGAGGCUGUUCUUUGAGCCAGUGACAACCCCCUGUGGACACACGUUCUGCAAAGGCUGCUUGGAACGCUGCUUAGACCACGCUCCUCAUUGUCCGCUCUGUAAGGAGAGCUUGAAAGAGUACCUUGCAAGCAGAAAAUACAGCAUCACAGAACUGCUGGAGGAGUUAAUCAUGAAAUAUUUGUCUGCUGAAUUGUGUGAGAGAAAAAGAAUUCAUGCUGAAGAAACUGCUGAACACUCAAACUUGACCAAGAAUGUCCCCAUGUUUGUUUGCACUAUGGCAUAUCCUACUGUGCCUUGCCCUCUGCACGUCUUCGAGCCGAGAUACCGCCUGAUGAUCCGCAGGAGCAUGGAGACUGGCACCAGGCAGUUUGGGAUGUGUAUCAGUGAUCCCCAGAAUGGUUUUGCAGAUUAUGGAUGCAUGCUGCAGAUCAGGAAUGUUCAUUUCCUCCCUGAUGGACGCUCCGUGGUCGAUACAGUUGGUGGGAAGAGAUUCAGAGUUCUCCAGAGGGGGAUGAAAGAUGGGUACUGCACUGCAGACAUUGAGUAUUUGGAAGAUGUGAAGGUUUCUGAUGAAGAAGAACUGAAGGAGCUGAGAGAACUUCACAACUUGGUUUACAAUCAGGCCUGCAGCUGGUUCCAAAACUUAAGAAACAAAUUCCGCACUCAGAUCCUCCAACACUUUGGGCCGAUGCCUGACAGGGAGGAGAACAUACAGGCAAUGCCCAACGGUCCUGCGUGGUGCUGGUGGCUCCUGGCUGUCCUGCCAGUGGACCCCAGGUACCAGCUGUCGGUUCUCUCCAUGAUGUCUCUGAGGGAGCGGCUGAUAAAGAUCCAGCACAUCCUCACCUACUUCUCCAGAGACCAGUCCAAGUGACUACCCGCCCGGGGCUUCCACCACACUUACCCACUGCUGGUUGUAGUAGCAGCUGCAGUGUUUGCUGCCUUUGCACAUCUGGGCUGAGCAGUGGAUGGAGCUGCGCUGUCUCUGCUGCCCUGCCGGCGCUGUGCCGCGGGGGGCUGUCGAACGCACACUGCUCGGCGCCGGGCACCGCCCGCAGGGCGCCAGGCCACCUGCAUCCUCCGCCGCCUUCCCUGCGUGACCAUUUGCACUACGUAGAAGAGACCCUUCUAGAGACUUGAUGGGUUUAGCCACUGACUUUUUGAAGCCGUGGGGGGUGCAGGGCUGAGGCCGACAGUCCGAGUUUACAACGCUGAGGAGCUGCUCGAGGUUUUGCAGACGUUUUUGCCUCGUACAACUGCUCUUUUGCUGUUUGCACAAGUACCUGAGACCUAGCAUUGAAUGUCCCUGCUGGAUGCGCCUGCUCCGGGGCGCUGACCUCCGGGGUGCCUGCCUGGCAGAAGAGGUGACACCAUGACCUGCUGGCUGACCAGAGAGACAGUCCUGAGGAGCAGAAGGUCCUUCUGUCUGAAAACACUUCAACUGUGAAUAUGGUUUACAUGCCGGGGCUGCGCGCGCCGCGGAGCGAGCGGAGAGCUGGAGCCUGCUGCCAGACUGAUUCCUCCCGGGCUGGCCAGGCUGGCUGUUCUUCCAGAGCACACCCCCAGCUUGCAGGGGCUGGAACAGUCCUUAGGGUGGGGUUGUGCAUCCAGGAUUUGAAAGCUUCCAGGUUUCAUCUGAACUUGCUCAGUUGGUGCAAAUGUGAGUUCUAUGCCUUACUCCCAGCAGUAGAGCAGGCUGCAGUGCAAGGUUAGCAUCCUGCUGCCAAUAGGUACCUUUUGUAAGGAGAGGUUUGCAGACUUGUGACCAUGUCUGGUACUGGCUUUCUGUAAAUCAUUUGUAAAGUGUUUCUUAAAUCUUGCUUUUGCUAAUAUAUUUAAUUUUCAAUAAAAGCUACCACUUUGUACUGUUUUUAACUUCA